CUAUUUAGCCUGGGUGAAUUUCGGUGUUCUUUUCAGGAGGGAAACUUCGGGGGGGUUUUUUGUCCCGAGAUAAAAUAAAGACAAAACGUUCAAAUACUAGUCCAUAGAGGCCAUUAUAGAAUUUCGAAAUAACCAAGGCACCUCCAGGUUACUGUGUGAAUAAUCACUUCUUUCACUUUCACAACUGAAUCUGGCUGUGUGACUUCUUCACUCCAACAAGAGCACUUGAAGUCAUGUCUGGUAUAGCCUUAAGCCGACUUGCACAGGAACGGAAGGCUUGGAGAAAAGAUCAUCCCUUUGGAUUUGUUGCAGUUCCGACAAAAAAUCCAGAUGGUACCAUGAAUCUUAUGAAUUGGGAAUGUGCUAUUCCAGGAAAGAAAGGGACUCCAUGGGAAGGAGGUUUGUUUAAACUUAGAAUGCUUUUCAAGGAUGAUUAUCCAUCAUCGCCACCAAAAUGUAAAUUUGAACCUCCUUUAUUCCAUCCGAAUGUAUAUCCAUCAGGCACAGUCUGCCUAUCCAUUCUAGAAGAAGACAAAGACUGGAGGCCAGCAAUCACUAUCAAACAGAUCUUGUUAGGAAUCCAAGAACUCCUCAAUGAGCCAAAUAUUCAGGAUCCUGCUCAAGCAGAGGCAUAUACAAUUUACUGCCAAAACAGAGUAGAAUAUGAAAAGAGGGUUCGAGCACAAGCCAAAAAAUUCUCUCCCUCAUAAACAUCAAGAUGGACAAUGAAAGGAAUCGGUUUGGCAAAUUUUUUUCUUCCCUCAAAAGUUGCAACAUUCUGAUGUUUUUCAUGGUUUGGCAGACUCACUAAAGAACUGGUAUAGCUAAUUUGCAUUUUGUGUGCCAUUUUACUAUGUUUGCCACUCAUUCUUAAAGUCCCCACAACAAUUAUUUACAAAAUUGGCUUAAAGUUCCUUUACACAGGGUCUCUUCCUUGAAGUCUUUGUAUUUUUCAUGGUUUAAUGAUGUAAAAAAAAAAACAAAAAAAAAAACUUGCUUUUAUUAAUAUGUCAGUAUUUCAACUGCUGUAAAAUUAUAAACUUUUAUACUUUCUAUGAAUACACUAGUGUCUAUAGAUUACUUUCCAUCUCUGAUGCAGCCUUGUUUUUCGGCAUGUUGUAAAAUAGAGCAUCUUUGCUGCCUUGAUUGAUUGGAGUACUAUGACAUUUGUUGUGCUGCAUAAUAGCCACAGUGAUUCAGAGGCAGACAAUAUCUUAUUUCUGCAUCAGGUUCUUUGUGUUUAUAUGGUGUUUUUGUCCAUGUAAGUGUUUGGAGUAAAUAAACUGUUUAUACAAAG